GAUCAAGGUAAAAUGAGAUUAUAUUAGUUCUUCCAAAUCAACGUAUUAGAUAUUUUAAGAAUUUAAAUAUAAUUGUAUUGAUUUAAUAAUCUCGUGCAAAUAUUUUACUUGUAUAAAGAGUUUGAGUUAUUGCAGCUAUACAGCAUAUAAGAAUCUACUUUUACUAUCAAGGUAUCUUUGAAUCAUUAUGUUACUUCACACUGCUGCAUUGAGUAUUGCUUCAAGAAGCAUUAGCACUUCUACUAUUUCCAAUCAAAUUAUUAAAUUAACUCGAUUAAGAGUUGUUGAUAAUAGCGAGAUAGGAAAACAAGCUAUGUUAGAAGGAAGACCACCACGUUGUAUUCAUGUUUAUAAUAAAGUAGGAGUUGGGUAUAUUGGUGACAAGGUAUUAGUUGCUAUAAAAGGUGAAAAGAAGAAAGGUAUAUUAGUUGGUUUAAAGCAAAAUCAAAAUCCAAAAGUACCUAAAUUUGAUUCCAAUAAUAUAGUUCUCAUAGAUGACAGUGGGACACCUUUAGGGACACGAAUACAUGUACCAAUACCCUACAUAUUAAGAACAAUAUUGAAAGAGAAAACUCAUAGCAAAGGAGCAGAUUAUACAAAGCUGCUCGCUAUUGCCCCAAGAUUUGUAUAAAACGUGCUGAGUAGAUAUAUUUUUCUUUGGAGAGUUUACAUAAAAUAACAUAUAAUAAAUAUAAUGUAUGCGAGCUGUUAA